UCUCCAGGACCAAUUCUUCUUCCCCAUUUCGAGUUUUGUCUUUUUUUUCCUGAUCAUAUAGAUCUUAUACCAUAUUACUUGUGCUUCUAAUGGUCUAAGUACUCUCAAAAGUCGCCUGCACCCCCCGCCGCUGGGUUCUGUCAUGCCUUGAAUCACACCACCAAACACAAUCAUGCCCCCCGAGCCACUAGCACCAGCGGCAGCACCAGCAGCAGCAGCAGCAGCCGCCGCACGCGGCACAACACCGGCCAUUCCCUCGCGCAACGCCCUCCGCGUCCUUCGACGGUUGGCUCUGGCCGGAUCGACCGUGGGCGGCUUCUGCACCAUCGCCGCGAUAACCUACGAUGUCCACCGCCGAAUCACCAUUGCCGAACGCAUUGUCGAAAACAAGCGCGCCCUUCAAACCUCCGCUCCCAACUACGAUGCCACGUCCGCUGCGAAACGGCUCGCUCGCAUGAUCGAGGCCGCCGAGGCCGGCGAGUUUAAUGGCGUCGAGUCCCUAAAGGAGCAGGAUCGCGCGGCGGCUGCUGCUGCCGCUGCCGCGGUAGCUGCAACUGCAGCUGCAGCAGCGGCACCCCCACCGUCGGAAUUGUUACAGGAAGGGACGGAAGGGAAACAGUCAGAUAAUACCGCUAGCGCCAGCGGUGUCUUCCCGGAUAUGUACAUCUCUUUGCCGGGUUCUAGGUCGGCACAGGCUCAGGCGGAGAAGUUGUUGAGAGAUACGAGACCGGGUCCUACGAAUCUGCAGACGAAUUCCGGGUUGGAUGGGUUGGCUUCGCAGGGUGGUAGCGGCAGCAGAGGUCAAGAGCAGCAGUCGACCAUUGCCCUGCAAGAAGCAGCGGAGGAAUUGCUGCGGGAACAGCGGCAGGAGCAACAUGAGCAGCAGCAGCAGCAACAACAACAGAUGGAAGGGGAGGGGGAGUCAUUCACGGACGGAAAUAGUCUUGUGCGAGAGAAAGAGAUAUUGAAGGGGUUGGAUCACCUGCCGAUCAUGGCGCGGAUUGAUUGGCUCCUGGAGAACAACCGCCCGGUUCCUGCAGCCCAGCUGUUCCUGGAAUUUCAUCCCGAGACGCUUCAGGGUCUUUCCGAGGACCGGAAGCAACUGGCUGAACGGGCGGUUCUUGCCAAUUGCAAGGCUGAGAACGUUCAUCUUGCGCGCAAUGUCUUCGAGCGUGUGGAGGCGGUGGAUCGGGUCUCCUUUGAGAUGUGGAGGACGAUGAUCCUCUCCCUGUCGAAGAAUGGCAACAUUGAGUCUGCGGCUGCGAUCUACUCGCGGUAUAUGCACCAGUUCAAGCCUACCGCGGACAUGGUGGAUAUUAUUCUCCGAUGCUUGGUCGAGUCUCGCAGACUGACGACGGCGAAGUGGUUCCUUCUCCGGAAUUUGGAGCAGGAUAUCGGCUGCGGUCUAUGCGGAGCGUACCUCACCGGACUCUGGAGGAAGACGCGGAGCAUUGAGCUCUUGAAUGGUCAACUGCACAAGUUGUUGAAGGUUCUCGCUCGCACCGGGAAGAAGCCCACCGAUAAACUAUUCAAUCCGGUGAUCAAGGCGUAUGUCGAGUUUGGCCGCUAUGCUGACGCUGAGGCCCUGGCGAAGCACAUGGCAGAAACUUAUGAAAUCCCGCUUCGCUGUCGCACCAAAGGGCUGCUGCUGCUGGGGUAUGCCAUGCGGUGUGAUUGGCAGGGGGUCUAUGCCGGCUUCGAAGAAAUGCGACAGCUUGGCUUCAUGUAUCGCAAGGCCGAUAUCAUCCCCGUCUUUGACCGCAUCUUCCUUGAAUUCUGGGUGACGCAUACUGGGGAGGAGAUCCGAGAGUUCUUGUAUCGCUACUUGAAUGACUUCAAGAUUGUCCCUGAUCGCGUCUUGUACAAGCACAUUCUGGAGGCCUUGGUGCAGAAGGGCGAUCGAGAGAUGAUACAUGAGUUCUUGCGCUAUGGCCGGGAGCGCAAAUGGCCGAAACUGAUCAAUGAAUUCGAGUUUCUGGAGAUGCUUCGGGCACGGCGUCACGCCCUCGAACACUCCCCGGUGGGUUUCUGGCAGAUGCUGCAAGCGGCACGAAUGAAGUACGGACAGUCCGCCGCGUCACAGCGGAUCCUGGGCUACGACCAGCACUCGUUGCCUGGUGUUGAACUUAACAAGAUGCCGAUGUCUGAGGAGAUGUCGCCCUUCUUUCACCGGAUGCAAGAGGCCGAGUCAUCGCGGCGGCCGGUGGAUCAGUAUCAGAAGCUCCAUCGGUUGAUGGCCCACCAGAUGCAUAAUGGAAAGUUCGUCGAAGCUCUGAAAUACUACGAGGCCGCCAAGGCUGCUAGGUUCCACCUGAAGCAGAUGCACGUUGAGAUGGCCGUGGCGGCCACCAUCCUGGAGAAGGGGAUCCAAGCCGCCCGAGAGCUGAUCGAAUCCGACUGGCGCAGCAUUCGCGCCGUGACUCGGUUCCAACCCAUGUUCUUUCGCCAGGUGUUCGAAAUCAAUGAUGGGGUCCCCGGGGAACAUAUCAAGCUCGCGGUCCUCCGCUUCUACGACUUGUGCUCGUCCGGUAGGGAUCUGAUCGUCAAACACCACAUGCUUGUCUCGUUCUGUCGCCGCCUGAUUUACGAGCAAAAGCCCGAUCAGGCACUCGAUCUCCUGGGCGCGGUCUAUGCGUCACGUCACCGGCACACCACGCGGUUCGACGACGUCUGCCUGAAGAUGUUCCUGCGGGCUUUCGCGCUGGCCGACAAUCCCUUGGGUGUUCGGUGGUGUUUGCUGACUGCCCUGUCAUGGCAGCCGAAGAGAGUUGGGACCGAUUUCAUCGUCGAAGUCCGUGGCAUUGUUGGUCGGCUACGUCACCGCUCCCAAAGCCACCUCGAUAGUAUGCCCAAUCUGCUCAAGUACGAGAGUUACCUCACGCGUGUCGCUGGCUUGGUAGUCGAGCGGUUCGAACGCAAGGAGAACCCGCAGUGGGAAGUGGUUCACAACCCGCGGGUGAAGCAGACCCGGCGCAGCGAGUUCAAGCAAGCUCCGAACCCCCCGAGAAUUUUCCGACUGGAGGAUGUGCCAUCGAUGAUUGUGGAGUGGGAUGAGGAAUAUGAAUUGGAGGCUGCGCUGGGACGAAAUCCCCGCGGUCGCCGCGUGAAAACUCUCGCCGAAAUGGAUGAGGAGCGAGCGUUGGAUGAGUCGUGGACGACGGGAGGAGAGAAUAUCAAGUGUUGAAGGGAUUGGUGGUGACUAUUAUGCUUCACUCACGUUCUAUGAUAUCCUUUUGAUUUACUAGGGAAAGAAUCCUAUACUGGUUCCAUUUGUACAUAACUAGUUAUAGACAAGGGUAUGAGAGUAAUGGUUUCGCG